AUGCAAGCAAUCGCCAGCCAUUUGAAAAGAAGUGUCGCAAGGCCUGCCCAUCUUCAGAGAUUCAAUCUACAGCGCAGUGUCACUACCACUCGCUAUGUCAAGGUGAGCAAAAAGGAGAUUGCCACUCCCUCUGUUGCUGCCCCUGCUACCAAGAAUAAAUACGAACCCAAGACCACAACUGAAGUGAGUAGCAAGAAGGCAUAUACUGAACCCAAAGCAGCGACGCCAGUAGUAGCCACACAACCUCAGCAUUUCCCUACAUCCGAUCAAUUCGAUGCAUCACCAUCGCUUGAAGUGGAUCAAGAAGAAGAACCCAAGGAAGCUGGGCACAAUUGGUCCUCUUCAUUCUACGGUCUAUCCACUGAGAAGUUUCCCAAAGAUGUAGCUGAUAUUUUACUUGAACCUGUCAGUCCUGAGGAUAUUGAAAUCAAGCCAGAUGGUCUGCUCUAUCUACCUGAAAUCAAAUAUAGACGUAUACUGAACAGAGCAUUUGGGCCUGGUGGAUGGGGACUAGCACCGCGUGGAGAACACACCAUUUCCACAAAGAAUAUCUCGCGUGAGUACGCAUUGAUCUGUAGUGGACGUUUUGUAUCACAAGCAAGAGGGGAGCAGGAUUAUUUCGAUGUUUCUGGAUUACCUACUGCGUCAGAAGGCUGCAAGAGCAAUGCGCUUAUGCGGUGCUGUAAAGAUCUUGGCAUUGCAUCAGAACUAUGGGAUCCUGUCUUUAUCCGUAAAUACAAAAAGAAGUAUUGCACUGAAGUAUGGGCAGAGCAUGUGACGACCAAGAAGAAGAAGAAGUUGUGGCGAAAGAAGGACGAUGUCCUGGAAUAUCCUUAUAAAGAGAAUUAA